GAGAAGUGGGUCGUUCGCUUGGCUUUCAUGACAGACUUUCUGAUACUUUGAUCGGCGUAUUCAGGGAUUUUGAGGCAGCACCAAUAAGUCCCGCAAAUUGUUCGGCCAAUUUUUUCAUCUCGGGGCUGCUUUCAAAAUCAACUUCGCCGUCCGUGUCGUCUUCUUCUUCAAUCACAAUGUCAUCAUCGUUUUCCCAGUGUUCUUUGCAAGUAUCUCAAAGGUCUCCAUUGUAA